AUGCCUCAUAUGGAGCACUUCGUACAGAUGCACGGUACACCCUACGACCAUGAAGGUGAUAAUCAUUUCUUGGCUAUGAGCAGUGCUCAGACGAGGAUGCUGGAUUUCGAGUCUACCAACUUGCUCGCGGAUUUCAUGAGCCCUCCUUCGGCCAUGAUGCAAGACCAUACGGAGCAAUUCCUGCUGCAUGGUAAGAUGGGAAUUCCGACCCCGACCCAUAUCCCCCUUCCAAUCCAGAUUCCGGACGGAGCAACACCGUUUCCCGUUCACAUGGAUUUGGAAAGCCCUCAUGGCCAUUUGCAAUUCCGGCCUCCGGCCGGUCUCUCGCCGUCUAGCUCUUCUACCACAAGUGGUCUGCAAGAGCCGGAUGCCGUGUUGGCCGCCCAUCAUGCCUGGCCUUUUUUCCAGUGCAACCGGGUCGACAGGCAAUACUCAUUUGCUCCACCAAAGACAGCCGCCAUCUAUUUGGAGGGCCUCGCACAGACACUCCAAAACCAGGCCACUUGGACGGCAUGGACAGCUCAGCUUGAUGAAUCAUCAUUGGAUAUUGCCACCGAGCGGAAAAUUGCCACUGAACCGAUCGUAGGAUGGUCUCGAGAGAAAUUGCUCGCCAUCACUCAAAGCUUCCUGCAUAAAGCGCUGGACAUUCACAAGGCUGACCAUGGCCGAGAAGACACGCCGUCGAGUCCGGAUUCUAGCCGAGACGCUUUCUUGAUGUUACCCCCGCCGGAUGUGAUGCAGUACUUUUUGAGGAGUUACGUGGUUCGAUAUGAGCCGUACUACUCAUCAGUGCCUGCAGGCCGACUGGAUCCCAACGUUUUUAUGGGAUCAAACAACAGCAAAGCAGCAAGCCUCCUGAUCCUGCUCAUGGUCGCCUCGGGAGCUUCGGCAACAGCCACAGUCGAGGCUAGGUACAUUGCCAGCGGUUUAACGGAAGCCUGCAGAAUCUCCCUCUUCGAUACGAUCGAGAAGGAUGUGCUCCAAGCACGUGAGGUCUUGGUGCUCCGAUCGGCUCUUUUGUUCACUUGCCUUGCCGCUUGGUCAGGGGAUAAGUGGCAUAUGGAUAUGGCCAUGGGCCAGCGAGGCAUGUACCUAGCUAUGCUGGCGCACUCUGGAAUGCUUGAAGCUGAGGAGUGGUCGAUUGCCAUCGAAAAACGUCAGCAGGAUCCAGAAGGGGCCUGGGAGGAUUGGAAGGAGCACGAGGCCAAACACAGGCUCGCUCACUCUUGGGUCAUUGUCGAUCAGGAGAUGAGUUUGUUUUCUGAUACCACUCCCUUGUUAUCAAUAGUGAACCUCCACGCACCAAUGCCUGACUCAGAUGACCUUUGGCAUGCGGAGACCGCAUCCGAAUGGCUUGAGUUGUUCGACAAAGCGCAUGGACCGACCCAUCAGAGUCCUGUAUCCGUGAGGGACUUUUUCACCAGCUUUGUGGACGGGGAGUUGGCGGGUAAGGAGCUUUCACCUACCCAGCUUCGACUCCUCUUGCACCCCAUCCAGGCUCAAGUAUGCCAGCUACGUCAAUUCAUUGCGUGCCUACCUGAUGGCGGUAACCAUGCCAAAGCAUCCCGUGCCGUUUCAAAAGCGGCAACCAAAGCUCGUUUGGAGGAGAUCUCUUCCUUGCUGCAGCAUUGGUAUUCCAUCAGCAAACAGAGUUUCGCUGGCAACAAAGGUACAUGUUGGACGACAUGUGCAAACCUAAUCAUGUAUCACCUAAUAUCACUCAACGCCAUAACUAGCUUCAAGGACAUCGAGCAGUUUGCUCGCCGCGAGGUUGCCCUUGGCUCGUUCCGAUACGCGUCCUGGUUGCAGAUGCGGUGUAUAGACCAGCCAGAAGAGGCCUUCUUCCAUUGCGGACAGAUACUCCGCUUAAUCCGAUCGAUGCCCCGUCCUGUCCGGCCGCCGUGGUGGGCAGGUGCAGUGUAUCGAGUGGCAUUGACAGGGUGGGCGACCAGCAUGGCCAACGGCAACGGCCGCUUUUCACCCACCCAUGGUCCGGCGGAACCUGACAGGCCGUUCGCAAUUGAUGAUUUGACUCCAGAAAACGAGGCCAUCAGCCGAUAUAUGAAGUACCAAGAAGGCACUCCAAUGCUCACUCGACCGGAUGGAUCUCUUGCCCCCAUGGAUGUCCCUUCGAACCUGCUGCAACACUGCAUUGAGGUUCUUGAUGACGACUCGUCGAUGCGACUGACGGAUGGCAUCAAGCGCAAACUCCGCAUCUUCAUGGCAAGCUGGAGAGACUAUUGA